GGCGGCUGCAGGGUUGCUGCCAACCCCCUCUGCUAUUGCCCGGCGAGGUUGCCGCUGCCUCAGCUGCCAUCGCCGCUACAGGCACCAGUGCCGCUGCGCGGGAGCUAAGGCUGUCGCAGCCAACCCUUCCGCGCCCGUGACGCGGGGCCUGAGAGACGGACUGUAGGGAGGGGCCGAGCAGGAGGAGGAGGAAGCCAGAGCUGCCAUGAGGGAGAUGCUGGGGGCGAGCAGAGAGGCGGCGCUGAAGUGAAGGAUGCUGGCGGGGAGGCCCGGAGCCCAGAGCACGGUCGGGGAACUGGGCACUAAAUCAUCGGACAACCUCGAUAGAGCCCCCCUCGGCCCUCGGGAGAGCGGCGGGCAUCACCGACCUGGCGCUUACCUAGAUAUGAAAAUCCAUCUGGAGAAAAAUUUAGAAGAAGAGCGCCAGAUAUUACUGCAGCAACAAAAAAUAUGUCGAAAUCGAGCACGUAAAUAUUUUGUGGAGUCAAAUCGGAGAAAAAAAGCUUUUGAGGAGAAACGAAAAGAACAAGAAGAAAAAGAACACCAAAUUAGAGAACAAAUACUUCAACAAAGAAAACAGAAGUUUGAAGAAGUUACUGAAAAAUUCCAGCGUGCCCAUAUUCCUCUUUCACAGCGGAGGAAAGCAGUUUUCCGAAAACCAGUUCCUCCAUUAGAAGAGGCCCUCAAACAAAUUCAGGAAUCCAACUUAAAAUCAGAAGUAAACCUUCCCUUUUCCCGUAGACCAACAAUAAACUGGAGAGCUAUAGAUUCUGCCUUGCCUUCAGCAUUAUCAAAAAAUGAUCACAAGCAUCAGAAACAACUCUUAUCCAAAAUCAAUUGUGAGAAAGAAAUGAAUGAAAACAUGAGGGCAACCUUGGCUACUAGCAAAAAUGUGUUCCAGCUUAAACUGGAGGAAACUCAGAAACUCCUAGAAGAUCAGCAUCUAAGCAAUUUGCAAAAAUUUUGUGAUGAAGUUAAUCAGAUAACCAAUUCUGAAACCCUCUCAAGUAUAGACAGUCUUGAGGCUACAGAGCAUGAAGAAAUAUAUUUAACACUUAAUAAAGAGCAUUCCACAUCCAUCCAGCGGAAUACCAUUUCCCUCAAACCAGCAAAUAUGCAAUCAACUAAUCUCAGCUGCUUUGAUGAAGAUAAACUGGCAUUCUCUAAAACUCAACAUAUAAAUAAUUGGCUUACAAAUUUAGAUGCUUCAAAUACUCAGAAUGUCACACCUUUCUCAGAUAUUUUAAGUAAAUCUAAUGUUCUGCCUUCAUGGGAAUGUUUUAAUAGUAAAGAACAAUAUCCAUCUCCUUUGAAUGGAACAGUGGAAAGAGCCACAAAUACUGCUAAUAAUUCAGUACCCUUUGUAUCUAGCCACCCCAUAUUUGUACUAGAUAAAAAAUGUGAAAAGACCUCUGAAACUAGCACUAUGAGGACAACUAACUCCACUUCUGGAGCAUUCAAAAGAGAGAGACCGUUAGUUACUGAGAGCCCAACAUUUAAAUUUAGCAAAUCCCAAAGCACUUCAGAUUCUCUAACCCAGGAAGUGGCUACAUUUCCAGACCAAGAGAAAUAUUCUGAAUUAAAUCAAGAAAAUGGAACUACUUCAGUUCCUGCUUCAUGUGUACCAGUGGCAACGCCUUUAGUUUUGCCAUCUAAUAUACAGUCAGCUAGACCUUCAGCAAAGAACAGUAUACACAUAAAAGAAAUUGAUGCAGUGCAGUGUUCUGAUAAGUUAGAUGAAUUGAAAGAUGGUAAAGAAGAAGAGAUAAAAUAUUUUAAUUGCAAUAAGGGAGAGUUGCCUUUAUUUUCAGACAGUUUUCAAGAUGCCUAUAUACCUCACAAUCCUGAUUCAAAAGAUGAAAAACAAAAAUUAGCUGAAACAUCAUCCUUGUCUAAUGUAACUUCUAAUUAUGACUUUGUUGGCCAGCAUAAGAAAAUGAAAUACAACAUCCAUGAGAGAAAUGGUGUGAGAUUUCUUAAAAGUAUUUUAAAGAAAGAAUCUAAAUAUGAACAUGGUUACCUUAAGGCAUUAAUUAUAAAUCAGAGCUUUAAGUUUGGAAAUCAAAAAGCAGCAGCUAUCAGAGAUAGUAUUGAAUUAACAAAGGAAAGGGAAAAAGGUGCAGAAAUUCCAAAGACUAUUAAAAAACUGAGGUGGUUUGAUGAAACUAGCAAUAUAGAAAACAAUGCUGAAGACAGUCAUUCACUGAAGAAUAAAACAGGAACAACUCAACAGCAUUCUCAACAAUUCCACAUUCAAAGUGGUGCUGGAAGCAACAUAGUUAGUGUUUCUACUUGUGCUGUAAAUUCUGCUGAUAGAAAGAAGUCCAGGGAGGAUUCUAUCUCUGAAAAUGUUACGACUUUAGGAGGAUCUGGAGCAGACCAUAUGCCUUUGAACUGUUUUGUACCUUCAGGUUAUAACUUUGCUAAACAUGCCUGGCCAGCCUCAAAAAAAGAAGAAAGUAAAAUCCCUGUACAUGAUGAUUCUAAAACUAAGCAAGAUAAGCCACUAAGAGGUAGAGCAAAAAUAAUUAGAAAACCAGGAUCUGCAAAAGUCCAUUCAGGCUUUAUAUGUACAAACAGAAAAGGCACUGUCAUUCAACCACAAUCUGCAAGCAAAGUCAACAUAUUUACACAAGCUCAGCGAAAAUUAAUUAUACCUCAUCCUCCUCCUCAAUCUGCAUCAAAUAUUAGAAGUGGUAAAAAUAUACAAGUGUCUCAGUGUCAAUCAGUAACUCCUGAAAAUCCUCAAAACAUUAUUACACGUAACUCUUUUAAUUCAAAACAUGUGCUUUCAACAGAACACAAUUUGAAUCAAUGGAAUCAGGAAAGUAGUUCUCCACUCUCAAAUGCUUGUUCUGACCUAGUCACUGUGAUACCAUCACUGCCAUCAUAUUGUUCUACAGAGUGCCAAACUUUCGCAAAAAUAAAUCAUUCAAAUGGCACUCAAGCAGUUGUCCAGCAAGAUGGGACAUUAUAUUGCACCCAAAGAAGUCCUGUUUGUGAAGAAAGUUAUCCCUCUGUGACUCUAAGAACUGCUGAAGAAGAAUCAGUUCCCUUGUGGAAAAGAGGGCCUAAUGUCCUGCAUCAAAAUAAGAGGGCUACGGGGUCUACUGUUAUGAGAAGAAAACGAAUUGUUGAAACUAAGCAGAGAAAUAUUUUAGAGCAGAAAAGACAAAACCCUGGAUCUCUAGGACAGAAGUACAGUGAGCAAAUUAAUAAUUUUGGACAAAGUGUCCUGCUAAGUUCAAGUGAGCCAAAACAAACUACAAGAGGUACUUCUUAUAUUGAAGAAGUUUCAGAUAGUACUUCUGAGUUUUUGAUGGCUGAAAACUUAGUGAAAGCAUCAGUGCCAGAGGAUGAGAUUCUGACUGUCUUGAAUAGCAAACAGAUACAGAAAUCAAAUCUACCUUUAAAUAAAACUCAACAAUUCAACAUCUGCACACUGUCAGCUGAAGAACAGAAGAUCCUAGAGUCCCUUAAUGAUCUCAAUGAAAGACUACAUUGAAACUUCUGAUUUUAUGUACGUAUCAAUACAGGCCCUGCUGACCAACAGCAGCCCCAGGCUCACCACCAGGCACUGGGCUGUGGACCUGAAGACAGUAGCUUCAGAAAAGAAGAGUCGUUCCACAUUCGGCAGUUUCCAUAGAUUUCCCCAGCAAGCUCCCCCUUCAUAGUUCCACUUCAGCAGCUUGGGCAUGCUUGGAUUAUCAGAUUUCCCUGCAAGCUUCAAUUUGUUUACCCACACCAGUGCUUCAAACAGCCUGCUUAGUCAUCCUUUCUCUGAUCCUGACUGGCAUGCCACAGUAGAGCAGGCUACAUUUUUAUCCCUUGCCCCAUAUACUCUGAUCCUUCAAUUUUCCUUUUCCAGACCCUCAUUUUCCCAGCUCCUAUACUUGGUAAAAUGUAAUUCCUGUAAUAAAUACCUUAGUCCUAUAAUUCUUAUAAUGGCUUUGUUUUCCUGAUGGACACAGUCUGAUAGAGGAAACAUAAAAAUAAGCGGUCUCUUAUAAAUCAGUGUAAAAAGCACUAACUUCACAGGUAUAUAAACAUAUGGGAAAUGAACAACAUUCUGAGUUCUGAAAAAAGCUUCCGAGUUAGCCAAAUGAAUAUUAUUUCAGAGACUGAAAAGGAGAAAGGAACUUCCAAGGACUAAAUCAAACAGAUUCAGGAUGAAGAGGGAGAGAGAAAACUGAAGAGGGAAGCAGGGGCUAACGUUCCCAUAGGUUUCCUUCUGGCGUGCCUAACUUUGUGGGUUCCAGGCCCUUUUCAUCAUUAGUUCCAUCAGACAUUGUUUUCACAAGCUCACCCCCAAGAACUCCCGUUUCUGCUAUACAACACUAUAGAGAUUUAUUGGUACCCAGAAUUUAUCUAGAAGAAAAUUUUAAAUAAAGAGUUUUAAAUGCAGGUGCAAAUAAAUUAGAAUUUUUCAUUGCACUUUGAACGCUGAAUUUUUAUUUAUUAUUUUUGAGACAGAGUCUUGCUCUGUCACCCAGUCUGGAGUACAGUGGAGCGAUCUCAGCUUACUGCAACCUCUGCCUCCCAGGUUCAAGGGAUUCUCCUGCCUCAGCCUCCCGAGCAGCUGGGAUUACAGGCACGUGCCAGCACACCCAGCUAAUUUUUGUAUUUUCAGUAGAGACGGGGUUUUACCAUGUUGGCCAGGCAGGUCUCGAACUCCUGACUCCAUGAUCUGCCUGCCUCGGCCUCCCAAAGUGCUGGGAUUACAGGCAUGAGCCACUGUGCCCGGCCUGAAACCUGAAUUUUUAAUGAAAUUGUAAAAUUGAACAUUUUCAAAGUGGGAAUUUUACCUUUUAGAGUAGAAAGGUACUGAUGAAAAUAACAUAAGGUUGAGGUAAAUAAGCUAUAAAGUCCUCUGCAAUCUUAACUCAUUACCUGGGAGAAUGAUGUCAAGAUGUAUUGAGUAUGCCACUAUUUGACAUGUCGGCCUAGUUUGUCGCUGCAGUGUUUUGGCAUGUGUUUGCAUGCUUGUUUCUUCUUUCUGAU